AUGCCCUGGUUGCAACGAAUAAUUGGGAAGAAGCACGUUGGCCCAGAUUCAGUCUAUCCCUUUGAUUACUCGGAGACUGAGGAGAAUCACUCGAUCCUGCAGGUGGGGAGGAACAUCACCAAGAUGAAGCUGUUGGUGCGAGAGUUCCUGCAGAGCACAGUGAACAGGUCCUUCUUCCUCUACGUGGCUUUCCAUGAUCCUCACCGGUGUGGCCAUUCACACCCGCAGUACGGGCCAUUCUGUGAGAGGUUUGGCAAUGGGGAGAGUGGGAUGGGUCGAAUCCCAGACUGGCAGCCAUACCAUUACACGCCAGAACAGGUCAAGGUGCCCCAAUUUGUACCAGACACACCAGCUUCCCGUAUUGAUCUGGCAGCUCAGUACAUCACUAUCAGCCGUUUGGACCAAGGUAUUGGGCUGGUGCUGAGGGAGCUGAAGGAAGCCGGACACACCAACGACACGCUGGUGAUUUACAGCUCGGAUAACGGAAUUCCCUUCCCAAACGGGCGGACCAACCUGUACCAGGCGGGAAUAGCCGAGCCCAUGUUGGUGCACUCACCAGAGCACACGGGGCGCUGGGGCCAGGUCAGCCUGUCGUACGUCAGCCUGCUCGAUAUAACUCCGACUGUUCUCGACUGGUUCUCCAUCCCAUAUCCAACCUACAGCCUCUUUGGGAAGGAUCCGGCUGUACAGUUGACAGGUCGCUCUCUGUUGCCUGCUCUCGACUCCGAGCAGCCAUGGUCCACUGCCUUCGCCAGCCAGAGUCACCACGAGAUCACCAUGUAUUACCCAAUGAGAGCCGUGUACCACCUUCACUACCAGCUCAUCCACAACCUGCAGUUCAAGAUGCCUUUCCCCAUCGACCAGGAUUUCUACCUCUCGCCAACUUUCCAGGACCUGUUGAACAGGACCGAGUCUGGGCUCCCGACACACUGGGAGAAAUCCCUGCGGGAAUAUUACUAUAGGGAACGCUGGGAACUCUUCGAUACCCAACAGGAUCCUUCCGAGACCCGCAACCUGGCAUCAGAUCCGAGGUACGCGGAUCUCCUGGAGACCAUGAAGGGGCUCCUGAGGAAGUGGCAGUGGGUGACCUCUGACCCCUGGGUGUGCGCCCCAGAUGGUGUGCUAGAGGAUCAGGGGCCGUACAAACUUCAUCCUGAGUGCAGGCCUCUAUAUAACCAUCUGUAACAUGCUCGAGAGAGCUGGUGGAUAAAGGGAGCUUUACACUUGAGUGCUACUGAAAAAGGAAAAACCAAGUUUGAAGCCUGUCACCUGGGGAGUAAAUCAGGACACACACGCAAGAAUGCAAAAUUUCAAAGGGAACAAUAAUUUAUACGCUAUGAGGAAAGGAUGAUGAUUGGGUGGCAACUCAACUGUUUGGUGGAAGCAUUGCUAUGGAGAAUGCACUAGGGAGCUGUUGUCCCACAGAUCGUUCAUUAAUUCAAAAAAAGACACAAUGACUGGACAUAUUCCUUUAGCCUGCAGAGGACAGGUCCCAACUGAUCAUCUCAUUGUGAGCCUAACUGAUGAGCUUAAAUUGCUUGUUACUGUAUUUCCUAGCUCGCUCAGGAUUCUUCAGUAGGCACUAUCCAGGGAAUUGCAUCUAGUGUUAGACACCAUGUUCUGGGUUUUGUAAGACGAGGCUGAUUUUGUACGGUCAGCCUGUUAUGAAAUUCCAAAGAGGUGUGUUGUUUGUUUGAUAUGACCAACUGGUGUCCCUUGGCAAAUUUAUAACCCAUGGCAGCUCUGCAAACGAAAAGAAAAACCUUUAAGGUAAUGCAGAUUCAAAAUACUUCCUGUUUUAUAGGCACAAGGGGCUGAAUAGCCUCCUGCUAUAUUCUUCUGUGAUACUUUUAUACAUUCAUAGAACCCCUACAGUGUAGGAGCAGGCCAUUCAGCCCAUCGAGUCUCACGAAGAGCAUCCCACCCAGACCCACCCCCCCACCUUAUAACUUUGCAUUUUGCAUUAUCCACCUAGCCUACACAAUACUGGACACUAUGGGUAAUUUAGCAUGGCCAAUCCACCUAACCUGCACAUCUUUGGACUUUGGGAGGAAACUGGAGCACCUGGAGGAAACCCAUAGGGACACAGGGAGAAUGUGUAAACUCCACACAGUUGCUCAAGGGUGGAAUCGAAACUGUGUCCCUGCUGCUGUGAGGCAGCAAGUGCUAACCACUGAGCUACCAUGCUGCCCAGGAAGUUCAGAUUUGAUAGGAUGACCCUGAGAGUGAAGAGAGAAUUCUUGGACAGCAGAAAUACCCAGAGCCUCGCUUGAACUGAUCUGGGAUGUUGGAUUGGGUCAGAGUGUCCACAAGAUGGAAGGUGGUGGCUAUGGAGUAUGUUGACACACUAUAGCCAGAAAUAGCAGACAGACUGACGUAUUAUCUAAGCAUCAGUCACAAUGGGACCCACUUAGAAUUUGAUUAACCCUUGGACAACACUAAGGAUUCUACUAAAAGUGUGAGAAUUCAAAGCUUCUGAGAGAACAGGAGACUGGAAGGAUGCUACAGGGAACUGCAGCUUUAUUGAUUUUGCUUUGUUGAAUAACAAUUCAUCAGGAAUUGAUGUAGCACCUCAAGGCAGGCUGUGAGAGACACCAUUUUGUCAGAAUGCCCCAGGAAGGUCUCUGAAAGACCCCACCCCCUCAGGGAGGGGCUCUUGGCCGAAGGGAACACAAAGAGAAAGGCUUUCGCAAAUCUAUAGCAGUUCUGCUGAAAUAGUCCACACAAUCUGAAAGUCUCUCUCUCAAUCCCUUCGCUUCACAAAGAUCAUCUUCUAGCAAGUAACAGGCCUGCAACGACAAAAGACUGAUUUUACCUUCAUCCUUAGAAGUAUAUUUUAUCCGUACCUACUUUUAAUCUUUGCAUCUGUAUUUGAAUGACGAAUUAUGUCACUUCUUUAUCACUAUUGCUGAGAAUUGAUAAUAAAUUCUGAAAAUUGCUAA